CGGGCACCGAGUCGUCUGGCAAGACUGCGGGCAGUCGUCUGGCAAGACUGCGGGGCGGAACAGCGGGCAUCGAGUCAACUGGCGGAACUGCGGGCACCGAGUCGUCUGGCAAGACUGCAGGCACCGAGUCGUCUGGCAAGACUGCGGGCACCGAGUCAUCUGGCGGAACAGCGGGCAUCGAGUCAACAAGCUGGCGGAACAGCGGGCACCGAGUCGUCUGGCGGAACAGCGGGCACCGAGUCGUCUGGCAAGACUGCGGGCACCGAGUCGUCUGGCAUUGGAUCGUCUGGCUCGACAGCGGGCAUCGGGUCACCAGGCAUCAGGUCAUUUGGCUCGCCAGCGGGCACCGCGUCAUCUGGCAAGGCAGUGGGCACCGAGUCACCAGGUACGACAGCGGGCUCUGAGUCAAUUGGCACUACAGCGGGCACCGGAUCAGGUACCGGAUCAUCUGGAUCAACAGCGGGCAUCGAGUCAACUGGC